CAGCUGGAAGGGUCUGGUCAGUGGCCUUCUGUCUGGGCUGCUGGAAUAGUGACAGGCGACCCUCUCUGCUCCCUUUUAUUUUGUAUUUAUCAGGCAUUUAAAUGGAUACCCUGAAGAAAGACAUAGAUUCUGAGGAAGUGGAAAUUGAUCUUGGGGACUCCAGUGACCCUGAAGGGUCUGAAGAUUGGGAGGAACCGCAGACGUUAUGGAGAGCGCAACCCUCUCUGGAUGAGGAGGAAAACAUUCAUACAUCCACCCUGGUGGAAAUCAGUGAUACAAAACCACUGAUUAAUUCAAGGGAUGCCCAAGGUAUCAAUGACUGCCUCAAGGUAGGGUUUGAGGAUGUGAUAGCGGAGCCGCCAUCAGUGCGGAGCGGGGACAGAGUUUGGAUCUGGAGCAAUGCUCUCUUUGAAGUGUCCAGAGUCUGGAUUUACAGGAUAGCCACCGCUCUUCUGGCCCUUCCCAUCUCAGCCAUCUCUGGUCUUUUGUUUGGCCUCCUCAGCUGCUUCCACAUUUGGAUGAUUCGUCCCUGCAUUCAUUGUGUUGUCAUCGGUAAUCGCUGGAUACAGAGCUUCUGGGACAUCGUGCUGCAAGUUGUUGUGGUCCCAUUCCUGACAAGCACAGGAAAAUGUUGUGGAGGUUUAGGUAUACACCUGGCCAAAGAAUGACCCGAGAGAGACAGACUGGAAACGUUGAUGAUGUGGACAAAGUUCUGUUUAUCUGGACUGAAGCAUAAGCAGUACCAGCUUUUGACUGUUUAAUAAAAGUAGUAAAUACUGUGUCUGGAAAAAGUA